AUGCAGAUAACCAGCAAGGAUCCCACCAGCUGGCUCAAUGGGCCAUUGUUUCAAAAAGCGCUUUCCCAAUACACCGCCGAUCGAUCGCUUGAGGUGGAGGACGUUCAUCUGGCAGUGCAUGGUAAUGUAGCACAGCAGUACGCUAGUACGAUCUAUCGUGCGUGCGUGAGCUUCCGGAGCCGUGGAAAGACGGAAACAAUCAAAGUGAUCGUUAAGCUGAUCGCCUCGAAGGUGAACAGUUUGGCGGAUGAGCUGACGUUUGAUACCGAGCUGAAGGUGUACCGUGACUAUCUGACGAAGAUGAACGCGCUGCUCGGUGAAGGUGUGGAGACACCCUUUGGUCCAAGACUUAUUUAUUCUGCCAACGAACCAGUCCCGCAUCUGAUGCUGGAGGACUUGACGAGUCAUCAGUUUGUGCAUAGUAGCAAGCUGCUUGCGGUGGAUGAUGCUAAGGUCGUGCUGCUUAAAUUGGCUCAAUUUCACGCUACAUCGUACAGCUUGACCAACACUAGUGCGGCAAGCAAACUGGAUGCUCUAAACAAUGGGCUGUUCAAGCAGAAACCCUCCGAAGGUGUUCGGUUUAUGUUGGACAACUUUACCAUCUUUGCGGAGGAACUGUCGCACUGGGACGGUUACGACAAGUACGCGCAGCGAUUGAAAAAUCUUCAACCAACGUUCAUUGAACGAGGUGCCGCAAUAUACCGGGCUCGUGGAUUUGACUACAGUGUACUCAACCACGGAGAUUUCCAUUACAACAACAUGCUGUUCAAGUUCGGUUCCGAGCAACGUGUGCAGGAUGUAGUUUUCUACGAUUUCCAGCUUAGCUGCUGGACCACACCGGCAGUGGAUCUUCUUUACUUCCUUUACUUUAUCUGCAACCGUGAGACACGUGACACACAGCGGCACCAGUUGAUACAGCUGUACCAUCGGGAGUUUACGCGUACACUGGACACUGUCGGUUACAUGGGACGGGUUCCCAGCCUGCUCGAUAUAAACUGUGACCUACAGCGGGCAGGAUUUCUGGAGGUCGUUUUGGCGAUCUGUUUCAUACCAUUUUUGUUCGCCGACUACAACCAAAGCUUCAACGUGUACGGUAAUGAGGAGGAUGCGCGUGCCUACCGUCGUCAGUUGUACAACCAGGAAGAGUACCAGGAGAUAAUCAAACCACUGUUGCCAUAUUUUCUGUACAAAGGAUUCCUAGAGUAA